GCAGGAUCUUCUUGGCAUCUCCUGCUGGAAGAUGUCCAAAGUGUUCUCCACCAGCCUCCGCUGGCGGUUGCCUGCCUUGCUGUUCCUCUUCCAGGGAGCUGUGCUGGUGAUCCUCGCCCUCUUUGUGACAUACGAUGAGCACACGGACGCUGCCGGCCAGCCUGCCAACGCCGACCCAUCUGCCAACCAGGUCUACGCCAUCUUCCCCCUCUUCCAGGACAUCCAGCUGAUGCUGUUGGUGGGGUUGGGCUUGCUGCUGGCUUUCAUGAAGGGCUACGGAGUCAGCGCCGUGGCCUGCAACUUCCUCCUGGCCAACUUCUCCACCCAGUGGGCCCUGGUCGUGCAGGGCUUCGUACACUACGGCCAACAUGGGAGAGUCCACCUCGGCCUCUACAACAUCCUCACAGCCGAGUUUGCAGCCGUGACGGUCCUCAUCUCUGCUGGGGCUAUCCUGGGUCGAACAAGCCCCAUCCAGCUUCUUCUCAUGAGUCUGUGCGAAAUCCCUCUCUACGUGGCCUGCGAGUGGCUCAUCGUGAGUUAUUUCCAGGCAGUGGAUGUAGGAGGAACCAUAACCCUCCACGUCUUUGCUUGCUAUUUUGGGUUGGGCACUUCCAUCGCUCUCUACCGGCCAGGAUUGCAGCUGGGGCACCCAAUGGAGACUCCAUCUUACAUCUCCGACCUUCUGUCCUUGGUGGGGACCAUGUUUCUUUGGGUGUUCUGGCCCAGUUUCGUGGCUGUCCUCGCCCACCAAGGAGAUGCCCAGCACAGGGCUGUACUGCACACAUGGCUUACUCUCAGUGCCAGUGCCCUGACCUCCUUUGCCACCUCCAGCCUCCUGGAGAAGAAGGGGAAACUGAACCUGUGCCACCUGCAGAAUGCCACGUUGGCCGGAGGGGUGGCCAUUGGCGCAGUAGCAGACAUGGUCAUUUCACCAGCUGGGGCAUUUGCCCUGGGCAUUGUUUCCUCGCUAGCCUGCAUCCUUGGGUUCAAGUACAUGUCACCGUUCUUGGCCACUAGAGUUCGCCUCCAGGACCAGUGUGGUAUCCACAACCUUCACGGCUUACCGGGCAUCAUUGGCGCCGUGGCCGGAAUUGUAGCCAUCUUGUUGGUGCCGGAUGAGGCCUACGGACUUCGCCUUCGCCAGGUCUUCCCUCAGCGUGGCCUGCUGCCACGGAACGUCACCCUGGAGGCAACCUCGGCGGGGGAGAACAUGGGAAGGAGCGCCAUGCAACAAGCUCUCCACCAGGCUGCAGGUCUCGGCGUCUCCAUACUCGUGUCCCUUGUGGGUGGCUACUUCACCGGGUUGGUUUUGAAACUGCCUUUUUUAGCACAGCCGCCUGACCAACUCUGCUUUGACGAUGCUCUUUACUUCAAGAUCCAAGAGUCAACGGAGAACUCGAGUGCUGAACAGGCUAGAGGGGACCUCCUGGUGCCCCUGAAGGACAAAGCUUGAGGGUCUGCCUGCUUGUGCCUGCAAAGCAGAAAUAAAACAGCAGGGCAUCACUGAGUGGGAGAGUAACAUUUGUCAUGGUUUUCCUGGAGUGCCAUGCUGUCGGGGCUGGAAGAUUUGAAGCAGGACCUUGCCUGCUGCUUGGAGGCAGGUGGGACAAUUGACCCAAACACAGAGGUAGCUGCUGAAGUGAGGGCAGCGGAAAUGCAGCUAAGAAGCUCAAAU